AUGGCCUUUCCAUCAGUUUUCAGCGAGGAUCAGAUUGUGUCGUUCCUCAAACACAUUGGUCUUUCCUCGUUGCUCCAGCAGCAGAGAUUCUCAGGCAAUGCCGCACAGGAUCUUCAUUUCCUCCAACAGCUGCAUAUACAUACCAUCGCUGCCAUUCCGUACGAAAACCUCUGGCUCCACUACAACCCUACUCACACGAACAACAUCAAGCCGCAGGACACAUUCAACAGCGUCAUCGCCAAUAGGCGCGGGCGCGGCGGCUACUGUUUCCAGGUAUCAAUCUUCUUCAAUCACAUGCUACGUGGACUAGGCUUCCCGGCCUAUCUCGCUCCCGUGAGAAUCAGGCAUCGUCUAGAUGGUGUUCCACAGGGUGACUACAGCGGCUGGGUGCACCUUGUCAAUCUCAUCAGCUUAGCGGACGGCACCAAAUGGGCUCUCGACGUUGGUUUUGGCGGCGACGGUCCUACAGCGCCCAUGCAGCUCGUUCAUGAUCGCCCAAAGACAAAUCUAGGAAGCCAGGAAGUUCGACUCUGGCAUGAUUGGAUUCCUACACAGUUGCACCGGACGGAUGGGACCAAGCUCUGGAUCUACCAGUACCGCAAUGGCCCUGAGCAUGCGUGGAAUUCGUUCUACGCGUUCUCUGAAGAAGAAGCCAUGGAGGCGGAUUUUCACAAUCUCAAUUGGUAUACUGGAUCGCACCCGGAGAGCUUCCAGACGUUUACUUGUAUCAUUGUAAAAUUCCUGCGACGCGCGAAGUCCGAUGUUAGAGAUAGCGACCAAGAGAUUUACGGCAAACGCAUGUUGGUCAACGGCGUUGUGAAAGAGAAUUUAGGAGGGAGGACCACGGUUGUGGAAGACUGUAUAACCGAGGAGCAGAGACUACAUGCGCUAGAAAAGUGGUUUGGCAUAAAAUUAACAGAAGAAGAGAAGGCCGGUAUCAGAGGCUGGGUAACUGAGCUCAGGGGCGACGGCAGCGAAGGUGUAGUAGCAGGAAUGAGGACGAGAAGCGAAAAUUGGGAGGUCUGCAGAGGGAAGGAUGGGUGGUGGAAGUGGAAUGGACCGGCUGCUGAAUGA